UGAUGCUGCCUGAGUGCGGACACACCUUCUGCAGGGAGUGUCUCCUGAACCUCCAGACUACCGCUGUGGUUUGUCCGAACUGCAGGCAGCGCCACUACAGCCCGGCCGUCGAGGAUCUGGCUGUGAAUUUCGCUCAGCUGGGCAUAGCCGUCGCCCUGUCGAAUAUCCAGAAAAGCAAAGACCAAGGCCAAUGCGGCAAGCACAGCCUCCCGCUCGACCUGUGGUGCUCCGUCUCCCAGAAAGAAAUCUGUGCGAUGUGCUACUUCGAGGAGACGAAGCGCACCCAGCACCGGGUCCUGACGCUCGCGGAGAAGAGGCAGUUCACCGUGGACGCCAUCAAGCAGAAGUCCCUGAUCCUGAGCCAGCUGUACGCGAUGCUGAAGCAGUGCUUGACCAGCGACAGCGAGAGCACGUGCCAGAAUAGCUACGCCAAGAAGCUGAGCGACAUCCUUCGAGGGGAGGAGCUGGGCAUCCUACCUUCCUCAAGCAUCGACAAGAGAUUAGACAGCCUGAAGAAGGUGAUGUUCCCCGCCGAGCAAGAGAGGAGAAGCAGCAGCAGGGAAAGCAGACAGGAGACGGAGAGAUCGGAUGACAGCAGGGGCAGCAGAGAGACGGAGAGACCUGACAAGAUGCAGCUGCGGUGUGUGGCGAAGUGCGAGAAGGGCAGGAAAGCGCGGCUGACCUGGGAGGAAGGACAGCUGCAUAUCUACGGCCUCUGCAAGGAUCCCGAGGAAGCGCACAUCACGCUGAACAUGAGCGACGUGCGGCUCCUGGUGCCCCAAGAGAACCCCACAGUGUUCCUGGACGUCGCCGACAGGGACGGCCCCUUCGGCCGCAUCACCAUCAAGGUGUGGAGCCACCUCCGCCGCGGCCAGCAGUUCCUCGCGCUGUGCCAGGGCCACCUCGGGCCCACGCUGAAGGGCUCGGCGUUCCUGGACGUCACCGAGACCGCCGGGAUCGACUGCCUCCGCGCGGGACGCUACCUGACGGAGAACGGCACGAGUUCCCACGCCCUGCUGGAUCGGCUGGAGUGGAACGACGGCCACGAGCGCCCGGGGCGGAAGGGCCUGGUGGCCGGCUGGAGCUUCAAGAAGGCGGAGGACGAGACCCUGUUCGGCAUCGCGCUCGGCGAGUGCCACAUCAAGUUCUGCUGCCCCUUCGGCGAGGUCGUGGCCGGCAUGGCAGUCGUCGAGGACAUCGCCUACAACCGCACUGUGCGGGACGUGACGGUCGUGGAGGUGGGGACGGCGGUGCGCGAGUUCGCGGCCAGUUAGACCCCGCGGGCGAAGUGGGAGGGGCGGUGGGCGUGGGAGGAAAGUGGGAGGGGCGGUGGGCGUGGGAGGAAAGGGGGCGGGGCUUCCUGUGUCUGUUUAUUGUUGUUAUUUUUCCAACUUCGGGUAUAGUGAAUUUAUGAGUGAAUUUAUUUAUCUGUUUUUCUUAGCUCAAUUUUCUCUGUGCAUGAGUUUUAUUAUUAAUGUUAAUGUAUCAAAUUUA